AUGAGUGAAUUAAUAAGUGCAAUGAAUACAUCUUUAGUAGUUGAUGCACCAAAGAAUGUACAACAAACAGAAGCAUCGAUUGUAACAUGUUCAUCAGAGAGUGAUAUUAACAAGGCAACCAAUGUGUUGGUUGAAGAUACCUAUAGAACAUGGCAAACCAAUGAAAAGGUUGGUGAAGCAAGCAUCGUUAUUCAAUUUGCACAACCAACUGUCAUCAAGGCUAUCGAUAUAGGUAAUGCAGGUUCUGCUUUUAUAGAAGUAUUGGUUGGUUAUUCAAAUUGGGAAGAUACUGAAUAUCAAUUAUUAGUACCAAUGACAUCAUUUAUGACUGGAAGUGAAAGUAAAGAUAAUACAAAUAGAAACAAAACAAAGAGAUUCGAAGGUAAUCAAUUGGCAUCACAAACAUCACAUAGAAAAUGGGAAAAGGUUAGAGUUGUUUGUAAACAACCAUUUGGCAAGGAUAACAUUGGGUUGUCAUUUAUCAAGUUUUAUUCACCUUUGAAAAAGACAUCAACACAACAGAUCAUUCUUAAAACAGGUGAUGGCGAUGAAUCAAUGACCGACUUGAACAAAACAGAAGAGGAUAUUACAGUGCCAACAGAGUUGAUAAACCAAGGUACUGUUCAAUUGGAUCUCAACAAUACUAGUACAACAAGUGCAACAAACCAAAGUAUAGCAAAGUCACAAUCCAUUCUAUCCAACAUCAUUCCAGGUAAAUCGAUUACAAUUAAAAGAGAAUCAUCAUUUUCUCUUGAUCCCCCAAAAGAUGAUGAAGAAGAGAAAAAGAGUAGUGGUCCAUCAUCAUCAUCAAUAUUAAAAGAACCAGAAAUGGAAGAUAUCAAAACUGAUAGUGAAGAUGAUGUUCAAACAUUACCAAAGUUUACUCCAAAAGGACAAAAAUAUCAAACUCCAUUUGGUCAUUUAUUGAAAGGAGUAGUUAUAGUUAUUGGAGGUAUAGUUAAUCCACAAAAAGCAAUGAUAAGAGAGAAAGCAAUUGAAAUGGGAGCUGGGUAUAAACCUGAUUGGUGUAGAGAGGCAACACAUUUGAUUACACCACUUAUUGAUACACCAAAAUAUAAACAAGCAAACAAAUCUGGUGGUUCAAUUGUAUUGCCAGAGUGGAUUGAAGAGUGUUACAAACAAAAGGAUCGUCUACCAAUUAAAUCUUUCCAAGUGACAGAAUCUGUCAAACAAAAGGACGGUGACAGUGACGAUGAAAAGAACAAAAAGAAACCAAAAACUAUCAGCACAACUAGUAAAAAGAGAAAAGGAAAAGGAAGGAAGAAAAAGGCACCUUCAAAUCCACUUGACCCAAGUGACACUGAAGACGAGGAAGAUGGACCAAAUGCAUACGAUCUCAACGAUGAUUUUAUCGACACUGGCAAUGUAGAUAGUAGUGGAGACGACGAUGACGAUGGAUCAUCUACAGAUGAUGAGGAUGGUCAACCAAAGUUUGUAGCAGAAGACACUGACGAUAUGUUUGCUGAGGGUAUGGAAUUUUUAAAGAGAACUUAUGGUUCAUCGGAUCCUUUGGUAAAGGAUGCAGUCAGAAAACACUCUUCUCCAAGGAGGAGACCAAGAGAACACAAAUCAUGGGAUAAAAAGCAAGAAGAGAAAUAUUCUACCAAACCAAAGGCACCACCUAAAAAGCAACAACAACAACAACAGGAUGACGAUCAAGAUAUUACACCACCAAUUUCACCAGUAUUGAGAAAAAAGUCACAUGGAAUGUUUGAUGACGAGGUUUUAUUCCACGAUACCACUCAAGAGUUGAGUGCUCUUGUUAUUAAAGAAGAGUUGACACGAAUGAUAUCCGCCAAACAAUUACAACCCAAUGAUAACAUGUUUGGUGAUUUCACUGACGACUCUAUGCAAGAUGGUGAUGAUGAUACCGAUGAAGACAAUGAUAUACUUCCUGAACAUUUUAAAAGAAAUCCAACUGCAAAACUUGGUGAUUUAUCUCAAAACAAAGGAAAAGAAUAUAUUUUGGACCCAUUACCAUCGUUUUUCGAUGGUAUUGAAUUUUAUCUUAGUUUCAAAGAUGAAACAUUAAAAUCAACAGUUACAAGAUAUAUUAUUGCUUACAAAGGUAUAAUUGCAUCAAUUCCAAAGACAACAACUAGGUAUAUUGUUACAGAUAGAACAUGGGAAAAAUCAUUUGCCCUUACACAAAAAAAGAAUCCUUCUAUUCAAUUUGUCAAACCAAGUUUUGUUAUCAAGAGUCACAACUAUUCUAAACUUGUUGCUCCUCUUGAUCAUUUAAUUGUACAAGAUAGUUAA